CUCUCUCUCUCUCUCUCUCUCUCUCUGUCUGUCUGUCUGGCUGAAGGUUCAAACGCAUCUUGAAAACCCCACGAAGUAUCACAUCCAGCAGGCUCAGAGGCAGCAGGUGAAGGCGUAUCUGUCCACCACACUGGGAGGAAAGCUGGGCUCGCAGGCCGUGAGCUUGCCGUGCCCCAGCCAGGCCCCUGACCACGGGGGAAUGCCUCCGGGGCCGGGCAACAGCGCCCCCAACAGUCCCAUGGCCUUACUGACCCUCAACUCCAACUGCGAGAAAGAGAUGGACGAUGUCAUUGAUGACAUCAUUAGUUUGGAAUCCAGUUACAAUGAUGAUAUCAUGGGACUCUCGCUGGACCCCGGACUUCAGAUGGCCAACACGAUCCCUGUGUCAGCGAACCUCUUAGACAUGUAUAGUAACCCGGGCAUGCCGCCUCCAGGAAUCUCUAAUAGUAACUCGUGCCCUGCUAACCUGCCCAACAUUAAAAGGGAAUUCUCUGUUACUCAAUCUCCAGCCAUGAUGCACUUGAUGGACAAGCCCAGCUCCUGUAGCACGUUUGAGAGCUAUCAAAGGCCUGAAGGGUUUCCUGUGGAGGCAGAAGUUCGCGCUUUCGCAAAGGAAAGGCAAAAAAAGGACAACCAUAACUUAAUUGAGAGGCGACGAAGAUUCAACAUUAACGAUCGAAUCAAAGAACUGGGGACUCUGAUUCCUAAAUCAAAUGACCCGGACAUGCGCUGGAACAAGGGCACUAUUCUGAAGGCCUCUGUGGAUUACAUCAGGAGACUUCAGAGAGAGCAGCAGCGUGCCAAAGAGGUGGAGAACCGUCAGAAGAAGCUGGAACACGCCAACCGCCACCUGAUGCUCAGGAUACAGGAGCUGGAAAUCCAUGCUCGUGCUCACGGACUGGCCGUCGUCUCGUCUACACUCUGUUCAUCAGAGCUAGCAGCCCGGCCCAUCAAACAGGAGCAGGCCCUGGGCGACUGCUCCCGGGAUAUGUACCCUCACAUGCACCCGUGCUGCCCCGACAUGGGCCGCUCCAGCACCCUAGAUCUUAACGACGGCACAAUCACCUUUAACGACUCUAGCACUUCCACUGAUGCGGGGACUUAUGGUCUUGUCCCAAAGGCACAUGGCACUAAACUCGACGACAUCAUGAUGGACGACACAUUGUCAUCUGUAGCAACGAGCGACCCACUCCUCACCUCUGGAGCCUCGAGCGAAAGCAGCUGUAAGGACAGUGUGAACAUGGAGGAGAACGAGCAUGUUUGUUAGUGCAGCGGAACCGCUAGUCGUUGUUGCAUUUUUCCGGUAACACAAUUGACUGCUAAGGAGAAAGCACGGCCUGUUUUGUCAAGUGCAAAAUAAUAUUAUUUUUGUUUACACUCAUUUUAUUUUAUUGUAUUUUAACCUUAUUCCAGUUUGGUCUAGCCAAAUUUCAUUGUGUUAUAAUAAUAUCAAAAUAAUCAAGGUCAGUAUCAUAAAACGACUGAUUUGUGUAACUUCACAUAGGUGUAUUAGAAUAUAAUCAACUUUGGGAUAAUAUAAAAGUGCACUUGAAAGGUGAUUUCUUUGGAUGUACAGUAGUGUGUUUGCGCGCAGUUUAGAAGAAUAUUUCUCUUUUUUUAUAUAUCCUUGUAAAGGAAUGAUUUAAGCAAAAUGCUUCCCAUUUAAUGUGUAGAUAUUAAGCGACAGACAUUUGAUAUUUCAAGGGAUAGUUCACCCAAAAGUGAAAAUCUGUUAAUUUACUCAUCCUCAAGCC